AUGGUUGAUACCACUGGACUUAGCGGCAAAGAAACCCAAUUAUGUAUUGUUUCAUUAAUCGGGAAAAGUUCGUUAAUCGACAAUCAAUGUAAAUCUUGGAAACUCAAUAGUUUAUUACAAAUGCCUAGUGUAUUUAAAAACGGACGGAACUCUAAUCAAAAAUCAUCGCUUUUGACGGACGAUUAUGAAUUCUAUUACGACAAAUUGAAUAAUACAAUUUAUUUACAUUUAAUUUCAUUUCAUGAUACAUAUUGUCUAUUGAAUUUAAUGAACAAAAUUAAUGAGACGGAUGAUCAGGAUAACGAUGGUGAAACAUCGAUUAGAUCAUUCAAUCAAUUAUGGGAAGAAAAACAAGCAAAUUUUAUGAAAAAAUGUUUGAUCUGCUUCUUAUUAUCACAUAUUAUCAUUAUUUCUCAUCCAUCGUGUACAUUUGAUGUAAAUUAUCUUCGAUUUUUUCGUAUUAUUGAAACAUUAAGAUAUAAAACAAAACAGUCAAUAACAGACUGUAUUCGUAAUUUAAAUAUUCCAAAUUUAUCAAAAGAAAUAUUAAAUGAGAAUCGUUUAUGCAUUCCACGAGUAUUGUUUGUUUUCGAAUACCCGUAUAAAGAUGCGAUGAGUGAUCAAGAAGAAAAAAUGGCGAUAAUGGCUCAGCAAUUAGAAGAGUUAAUAUAUAAUGUUUUAAGAAGUGCUUACAUUAUAACGAAUAAUACUAAUACAUCAUUGUUCUGUAUUGGAGCAAAUCAACCCUAUGUAUUUAUCCAUCGUUCCUAUAAGGAAUCUAUUGGACAAACACAACAAUUAUUAAGUAUUUUACAAGGUUUUGUUAAACAAACAAAAGAAUCUGCUAGUAACCAUAAUAUUCGUUCAUUUGAUUAUUCACCUUCUACAACUUCUGGCGCAUCCAAUUAUCAUCAAGAUGAUUGUAAGUCGUUCAAACGUUUUUUAUUCAAACAUAUUGAAUUAGCAUUACUCGAUGGAUGGACUAACGAUGGAGUUUGGCUUAAUCAUUCACGAUCACGUGAUUCACCUAAAAUACAUUUUGAAUUAUGUUCAUAUUAUACAUGGUUGAAAUUAUUCAAUGGUCUAAAAGAUAUGUUUGCACAAGAUACAAAAAAUCAACGACUAAAACAACCGUUAAAUAUAUUGAAAAGCAAUAUUGAUCCAGAUGGAAAACUUUCUGAAGCACGAUGCAGAAAAUUUUUACCCAUGGCUAUUAAACACUACGAAGAAGGACUACCCCCAAGAUACACAAGAAUUUAUCAUGAGCAAAGAUUGGCAAAAAGUUGUGAAUAUUUUGAAACCUAUGCGAGAGGAGCAUGUUAUAAGCGUUAUGUUCAACAAUUAAUUGAGGAAUGUACAAAAUUAUGGAAAGAUUCACGACAAUUGUGUGAAGCAAUUUCUCUUACUGGAAAUCCAUGCAAGAAUGAAUUACACCGUGUGCCCGGUGAAUCAACAUUUGGUAUCGAUACAGAUCAUGUUCCUGUUAAAGCACAUAAUAGUAAAAUUGGAUUUUUUUCAGCCAGUAAUUGUGGUCAGAUUCUUCAAGAGCGAGAAGAUCCAUUUGAUUUGAAGGAUGCUAAUUAUGAGUUUUAUCAAGAAGUGAAUAAAAUGCUGUCAACUAAACCAAUCUACUUUGAAUUUCCGAUAUUUCGUGGUACAACAACAAAUGCGAAAGCUGGUAAUAAAAAGAAGAAGAAAAAACAUAACUCAUCGAAUUUAAUCGAUUUAAGUGUCGCUUCUGAAUUGAGUCAAACAAAAUCAAUCAAUAUGUUUUCGCCACCUUCUGAUCUUAUUGUUGGCGGAAAGCAGCGUUAUAAAGAGCAAGCCAUUGAAGGCGAAAAAUUUGAACAAAAAGAAGAGGGAGAUACCAAUAAUAAUGAAUGGAUGAAAGCGGCAUUAGAAACACCUGAUGAACAAUUAGUUAGUACGACAGAAUACCUGGAAGGAAUGACUCAUUCGGAAAGUCCUCCAGGUCUAUUACCAAAAUUUAGUUCGUGGAGUUUAUGUUGUAUUGGAAGAGCAACAGAUUAUUCGCCAACGAAAGGAAUUCAACAGCCAGGAUUUUUGUCUAACUUAAACCAUUUGGUUCCAUGGGAUAUUAAUCCGUAUAGUGAACGAAAUUAUCGUAAUCGUGGAAAAAAACCACAAGCCGGCGUAGAUAGACGAGGUUAUGGAACGUCAGGAUCGAAUGCACAUACAAUUUGGGAUGUUAACGUUCGCGUGUACAUUGGUUGUGAAUAUGAAUGUCCACGAGGUCAUAGAUUUAUUUGUUCGUCUCCAAAUCAUGUUGUUCGAGUUGGUCCUAAUGGAGGAGUGAAAGAUGAUGGUCAAAAAUUAGUUAGAUCCGAUAUGCCGUUAUAUACACCUUGUUCGUGUCGUUUGAAUAGUGGUACACGAGUGUGGGCACAAUUGAUGAGAGCAAUUAUUGUUACACCAAAUGGUCCUAUUCAGUGUGUCUUGCGACCACAAGUAGUUCCAAAUCCAACGUCUCCGACUUUCUUUCCAAGUUAUUCACAACCGUUAAUGUUAACAGAAGACGCCAUAUGGAUAUUAAGAUUUCCAUUCAUCUAUCAUGGAGAUGAAGAACCAUACUAUCGUCCAAAAGACGAGGAAGAUAUUAAUCAAUGUCUUGUGUUACGGGGACUAUUUUCUUGGAGUGAUAAACUUAGCUAA